UAUAUAUAAUGGUGUACACUUGUUGGGUGUGCAAAUGGCGAGGAGAUAAAGAACCUAAAAGAUCAUUUCAUAGGUUUCCUUCCAAUGAAAAUCAGAGGAAAAAAUGGGAGCAUAUUCUGGGAAUUAAUAACGUAGUUUUGGGAGCUCGAACUACAAUUUGUUCGUUACAUUUUACAGAAAACUGUUUUCAUUAUAGUGUUGAUGGAAAGAGAUUAAUAAAAGAAGGCAGUUUUCCGUCAUUACAUCUCCUAACACCAGCAGUUGUACUUGUACAGGAAGAAAGAACUGAACCGUUAACUAAUGAGCUUGAAUGUUCUACUAAGAACAUUGCUAUAAAAAGAUCUGAUGAAGUCAUUGAAGAUGGAAUUCCAAACAAACAAAUUUGUUUGAAGAAUAGGCUUUUGGAAAGAUCGACUACUUAUGAAUCUAUAAACUCUAAUUUGCCGUUACAAUAUUUAAAAAAAAAGAUGAUUUUUAAAAAUAAAGAAAUUUUGUCUUUAAAACGGAAAAACUGGCGAUUAAGUUUAAGUAAAUCUAAAUUAAAAUCUUGCCUGAAAGAAGUGCAGAGUAAGAAUGCAAAGUUAAUAACAGAAAAAAAAUUGAUGCAAAAAAAAUUGGGAUCAAUCCCUAAAGCUUUAUUUUCUCUACUUCAGUCCAAGAAGAAAAAAGUUGCAUCUUAUCCUCUUUCAUUAAGAAUUUUUGCAUCAACACUUUCCUUUAUGUCACCAAAAGCAUAUAAAUAUGUUCGAAACGCUUUCCCAGUACUUCCACAUCUGGCUACUCUCAGGAAAUGGCAUGCUGAAAUUGAUGUAAAACCAGGUAUUUACCAAGCGGCAUCAGAAAUAUUAACAGAAAAACAUGUUGAAACUAAUAACACUGGAAAAAAAGCUCUUAUGUAG